AGAUCUGGACGAAGUUGUUUUGUAUAGAAACGCGAAAACAGUUGAUUUGGCCAGAUGAUCACGACAGACAUGGAUGUGCAAGCCUCAGUUGAGAAAACAGACGGCGUUAAAACAAAGAAAUCAAUGCUUACCUAUCUUACAAGAAUAUUGAGGUAUAUUUACAGCCAUGCAAACAUCUUUUUUGUAUGUAUCAAACUAACAACCCUGACCUUAUUUCUGAUUUACAUUGCUAUUCCAAUCUUUGUAAGAGCUAAUCAGUGGAUACUGCCUAAAGUUGUAUUUUCAAACUUAAUUCGUUGGCCACCCUUCAUAAAUCUUUCAAACCCAAGUGAAUUUGGCUUAAACAACACCAGGAAUUUUCACCUAGAAGUUGACAAAGAUGUUACAAUAGGAGCAUGGCAUAUUCUUCCUAAAAGUAUGCACAUUGACAAUGUGAACAUUCCAUGGGAUGCAUUUGAAGAUGAACUGGACAAUGGAAAGCAGAUAUUUCUAUAUCUCCAUGGAAACAGUGGAACAAGAGGUUCUUACCACCGUGUGCAGCUGUAUAAUUUACUGUCAAAGCUUGACUUCCAUGUGGUCACAAUAGAUUACAGAGGUUUUGGAGAUUCAUCAGGUGAACCAACAGAAAACGGUGUUGUUCAUGAUGCAUACUUCACGUACAAGUGGCUUAAGCAGAGAGUUGGGGACUCUAAAAUCUUCAUCUGGGGUCACUCACUAGGAACAGGAGUAACAACCAAGUUGGCAAAAAAGCUGUGUGAAGAAGGUGAUAGACCAGCAGGUAUUGUUCUUGAGUCACCAUUCAACAACAUUCAAGAGGCUGCCUUCCAUCACCCUUUUUCUUCGCCUUACAGAAUGCUGCCCUGGUUUGAAUGGGUUUUUGUUGAAGGCAUUGGAGAACAUGGGAUUUUCUUUAACAGUGAAGAAAAUAUCUUGUCGGUUACACCACACAUUUUGAUUCUACAUGCCAAGGAUGACUAUAUUGUUCCUUUUCAUCUUGGGGAAAAGCUGUACAUGAAAGCUAAAGAUACAAGAAGUCACAAAACUGGGAGUGUAGAGUUCAUUUCAUUUGAAGGACACCACGGCUAUGGUCAUAAACUGAUCUACAAGUCACCUGAACUACCCCAAAUUGUCAGGCAGUUUGUGUCCCACUCAAAAACUUCCCAAGUUCCAUAACUUCAUGUUGCUGAUGACGAGAGGACCGUGUCACCAUUGAAACUGUUUCUUGUUCCCAGCUAUGGACACAUUUAUUUUGAAACAUUUGAUUUAAACUGCAUUAAUUUAGAUCUAUAUACACCAGAAAUUUUAAACUUUUAUCAAGUUUUAGGAGUUGUUUCAAAGGUAUUUUUUUAAAUUGAAACACAGUUUUAUUCAAAUUUUAAGAUCAAAAUUUAAAGUAACAUCUAUCCAUAAAGAAUAAAUGGCACAUAAAGUUUCUUAAUAAUGAAAUAUACAUAUCAAAAUCAAACUUAUCAAAACUUUGUACAUUUGAUAAUUUUUUUUUAUUUCUUAUAAUGUAAUAUUUUCUUUUUACGAUUUAUAAAUAAGACAGUAAAAUUAAAUUUUAAUAAUAAUGUGAUCUAGAUAUAUGUUUUGGCAAAAUGCUAAAAAAAAAAAUUAUUUCAAUUAUAAACCUACAACAAUUAUUUUUUCAAUUUUUAAAUGUUGCAAGUUUUUUACACAUUGAUAUUCAAUGGCUCUUCAUUUCUAGUUAAUUAUUAUUUGAAACGUUGAAAAACUCUCACUGCUGAUGUUAAGUGUUUAUUAUAAAACUAGUAAUGUUUUAUCUCAUGUUUCUAUAUUUUUUUGGUACUUUAGGACCAACUUUCUUAACCUACCUAGUAAAGUUGAGGGAAGUGGAUGUCCAGAUUAAUGUCAUUGACAUCACGCUUCCCUUGUUAGUAGAAUUAAUAUCAUUAUCCCUGAUUACAUGGCUUUGUUUAAACUGUGAUGUAUUUUGCCCAGUGCAAAACUAUGUAUGUACAUAAAUAAUUUGAGCCAUUUUUUUUUUUAAUUUAUAAUUUUUGUUUGUAGCCUGUCAAAGAGUGCCAUACACGAAUUCAUCCAUUACUCAGGCAUUGUUUACUUUCAUUGGCCAGGACUUUCAAAGUUGGCAAAUGAAUCAUUUGUUUGUUUUUUUAAAUCAAUGCUUAAAGCAUUUUGAAACAUACAUUUAUUAAUAUAAUAAAUUAAUGAAACCUUUCACAUAUUUUUGAAAAAACUUUAUUAUGAUUGUAUAAGUCUUCAACCAAUAUGAACCGAAUAGAAGGCAUUAAUCGAUCAUUGUUGUAACCUUCUUUAUUGAUAACCCAAUAGUAUUCAAACAUUCCAGAAUUUAAGUACCAAAUUUAGUUGAUUGGGAAGUAAAUGUUGUAUCAGCUGUGUGUGUAUUUAGGAAAUACGCUCUUUCUUUUUGUGCAUAUGUGUGAAGAAUGAGUACUAUGUUUAUAGUCAUAAAAAAUUGCUAUUUUUAACUUACUAAUUUAUUUUACAGAUUUUAUUUGCUAAAAGUUUUGUAGUUUUUCUAAAUCAUAUUGUAAAUGUUUUGUUUUCCCAUGAAUGAAAAUGUACAAGUCUUAUCAAAAUCAACAAAAAAUGACAAUCAAUAAAUUUCACCUUUUAUUUUCAAUAUUUUUUUAUGAUGAUCUACAGGACAACUAUCUCCUUGGCCACUCCUUCCUCGUCACAUUUUUCUUUAGGUCUGCCUUAACUUUAAGCUUAACUAAUCAGGGAAACUGAACUACAGUUGGCUAAUUGUUCCAAAACAGAAUUAAAACCCACAAGAUCAUUAUCACUACUACCCUGUCAGCAAUUCAAUGGUUGUUAUUUUAUUUGUCUUACAUAAUUUGAACUUGAUAUGCUUGUAACUUACUAAAAUAUGUUUUACACUUCUGUAUAUGAACAAAUAAACCAAGCUAUGUGUUGAAGAAUAA